AGACCAUGGCUGGAGGCAAAGCUGGAAAAGACAGUGGCAAGGCCAAGGCUAAAGCAGUAUCUCGUUCACAAAGAGCCGGACUACAGUUUCCAGUGGGCCGUAUCCACAGACACCUGAAGACUCGUACCACGAGCCACGGAAGGGUUGGCGCUACCGCUGCUGUUUACAGUGCUGCGAUUCUGGAGUAUCUCACAGCUGAGGUACUGGAGCUGGCAGGUAAUGCUUCUAAGGAUCUCAAAGUAAAGCGUAUCACUCCGCGCCACUUGCAGCUUGCAAUCCGUGGGGAUGAAGAGUUGGAUUCUCUCAUCAAGGCUACCAUAGCUGGGGGUGGUGUGAUCCCUCACAUCCACAAGUCUCUGAUUGGAAAGAAGGGACAGCAAAAAACUGCUUAGAGAGUUUUAACUAGCCCUUUCCUCUCUCACUGUACUGUAAUGGGGACAGAAGACAUGAUGGGGUAUAUGGAAUUUGUAAAACCCUUCGGCGGAAACGCAUAGACAGUUACUACAGACCUGCUCAAAGGGACAUUAUAUCUUCUCAGACUCAAAGCUUGAUAAAAGCACCUUUUCAUGUGGCAACAAUUGAUUGUCUGUUGGUUGGCUAGGCUUCUCCGUUGUGUUUUAUACAAAGAUGGAGUUGAUAAACCAGUUUUUACAAA